GCUAAACCAGACAGGAGCGGAAGCGACCGGGUGCUGGGUGAGGCGCGGCCGUCGGCGGUGAGUCCGGGGCGGCCCGAGCGCAGAGCACAGGUCCCGGAGACGCAGAAAGUCACGGAAGGACUCGGGGGUCCGGAGCCGGCGCCGCUGGCUGUUGCUGCCCCGCCGCCGCCGCGGACGCCCCCGCCCGCCUGCCCGAGGUGCGGCCCGGAGGCCUGAGGCCUAGCGCGGCCCGCGGAGCCCGCCGUGAGUACUGAGAGCGCCCGCGGCCGAGCCGCACCCCCCGGCCGGGCCCCGCGGCCGAGCCCCCCAGCCGGGCCUCCGCGUCCCAGACCCCCCCGCCGGGACCCGCCGCCGCCCCCGGGUUAAGAUGGAGGAGAUCUCCCUGGCCAACCUGGACACCAACAAGCUGGAGGCCAUCGCGCAGGAGAUAUACGUAGACCUGAUAGAGGAUUCCUGCUUGGGCUUCUGCUUUGAGGUGCACCGGGCCGUCAAGUGUGGCUACUUCUACCUGGAGUUCGCGGAGACCGGGAACGUGAAGGAUUUUGGCAUCCAGCCGGUGGAGGAGAAGGGAGCGUGCCGCCUCCCGCUGUGCUCCCUCCCAGCGGAGGCCGGGAGCGGGCCGGAUCAGCAGCUGCAGCGCUCACCCCCAGAAUUCCAGUAGCUGCAGCAUGAGCGAGUCUGGGGGUGACCAGGACAGGGACGCAGACUGGUCGUGUGGAUUGGAGAAUUUAGGUAGCUGAGUAGGAAAAAAAAACUCAGACAACAGUCCCAAUUCCCAUUGAAGAUCCUAGCCUUUAUAAACCCAAAGGGGAGAAUUUAGGAAUUAGGAUCCUUUUAUAAGUCUGUUACUCGGGGUCGGCUUUGAAACCCCGGGCAGGAGGAGCUGUGCGUCCCGCGCGCCAUGCAAUACAGGUUGAUCUGUAAACACACCAGGAAGUGCGCAAGAUCCCAGUACUGUCCCCAGUGCACAGGUGUGUGGCUGUGUGCCCAGCAUAUAAAAUCCUUUGGUUCCUCAGCCUUUGUCUGCCCGAUGUCAAGGGCUUCCUGGAUAACUGACAGUGUGGACAGAACUGAUGGUCAGGCCUCGAUGGUUGGGCCUCAGUGGGACUGCUCCUCUGAGUUCUGAGCCUCUGAUUUGGCCUUCGCCAAGACAAAUGAAGGUCAGGUAUGAGGUCUGGAUGUUAACAAUUACAAUUUGGGAAAACCGAGAGAGAGAAUUCCCGGCUGAAUCUGGUAGGCGAAGCUCUGUGGUCUUGGCUCCAACGAGAGAAAAGGUCAAAGCCACCAGUUUCCCAGAGGUCCAGCAUUUACAGUGACUACAGCGGUCUUGGGGACAAAGUCUAGCCUUCUGCUGAACAGAUCCCUCUUUCUGGCACCCCACCUUGUGGCAUAGGCUUGGCAAAUGGACCCCUUGGUUAUCCAGGCAGGCUGAGAAUUUAGUUAUGAUCUGUUGGGGAAGUAGUGGGGGGCCUCUGCAACUAUGCACGAUCUCUCAAACUGCAAGAUUCAUAUCUGGAUCCAUUAUGCUGUGGACAAGCGUUUGGUGGGGCAGUCAUUUUCCUACUCUGUUACUAGUUAUCUAGCCAGUUUGUGAGCCUGACUUGGUCCUUAUGCCAGGUCACUAACUGCCUUCCACCCCAGGGGCAAGACUGAACUGUAGAAGAGCAUCAUGGCUGUGCAGGAGGUUGUGGUUUGAAAGCUAAGUCCCGAGAGGACCUCUUCCAGCUGCCCUCAGUAAUGUGAAUGGGUUAGUGCUAGGAGCCAAGGAGCAGGACUGGGUCAUCUCAUCUGACUGUGCAGUAUCCUGUUGAAUGCCCCUGUUACUUGGGUUGGGCAGUCACAAAGCUCUGCUAUGGUGAACAUCUAGACUCGUCACUCUGCCUCUCACAAGGGGCAGCCCUCUCCACUGGGUCCCCUUUGGACCUUCUUUACAAGAGCUGUCCUUUUGUUGUUGGAAGUCAGGAAAGGGCCUCUAGAAAUGCCCUGGUUUCAGGGAAUGGGAUGGGGAGGAUGGGAAGUGUGAGCCGCAUAUCAAAAUUACCCUCCACUUUACUCCCUGAUGGAGGGUUUAUGAAGUGUAGAGGGAUGGGAGCCCCAAGGUGAGCGGGAACGGUGCUGCUCUAUUUGAAAUGUUUUCUUACCUCAUUCUGUGCCCUAGUAAGGGACCCAGCCUCAUCUCUCUGGCUUGGCCACACGUCCCUGCUCCACUGCCUAUUUGGUGCAGCUCAUGACCCCAGGUGCUGCCUGCCACCCUGCUUUCACAUUGACCAGUUUCAUUUCAUCUCUUGAUGCUCCUGCUUCUGAAGCCUGCCCAGUUGCCCUUUCCUUGGCUUCUUUUAAGUUUCUUAUGUUUUUUUCUUCUUGUUUUUGUGGGAGACUCAGAAGAAUCUUUCUUAUGGCUUUCUGUGUUAGGAUUAGGAUGAGAAAGGAACCUAAGUUUUUGUAUAUGAAAGGCAGUGUCACACCUAAGCAUUUCUCCUAUAGGACUGCCUUGCUAGUAUGCCUUCCUGCUCUGUCUUAACUUCCUGAGGAGUCAUAUCUCCCCGCCUCCACUUGGAUACCGCCUCUUAGGACUUAGGCAGAAGAGCAGUCAAGGCUGACUGACACACACGGGGAUAGAGUUGGUGCGUUUUCUUUAACCCUUGCUGUGCAUGUAUCCUUCCUUAUCCCAGAAGGAACCGUUUGGACCAUGUGGACUGAUUUGGGUUACAUACUUUAGAGGAUUAAGGGAACCAUAGUAAUAAGGCCUCAAGACUAUCUGUUACUGCAUUCUCCCCCAGAGUUGUCGUGCUUAGGGUCAGGACCUAGUUACAGAUUGGUCUUCAAUCCAAGAAUUGUGAUAACUUUAAAAAAAAAAAGCAAGAGCUAAAAUAUCUUGCUUUUUUGGGGUUAUCUGCCCUUUUUGUAAACAUCUCAUUCUAAGGGGAUACAGAGAGUAAGGAGGUUUUAAGUGAGACUGGCCUAAUUUCAAAUAAUGUCUGAGAAACAGGCUGAAGAUAGGACCAUGGUCCACUCUUCCUUCAGAGAGGGAGUGCAGACUGUCACAUUACUGUUUCCUUUCUGGCCUUUUCUCCUGUUAGAGGAGGAAGAAGUGGGGAGUAGUUUUGAGUAAUGGUUGGUUCACGUUACCUCCCUCUUGGUUUUAGUUUUUAUUUUUUGCCCCCCACUAUUAGGGCAGUAGCCUCCUGCCCUGGAUGGGUGUAAGGUGUGCUAGGUCCAACAGGUGCCCUGAGGGGACAAAGUCUUUUUGGGGAGAGAAUGCUCCCUACCAUGUAGUUGACAGUGGUUAGGAACUCUCCCUUUGCCUACCUGUUUUCCCUGUAACAGCAGAAUUUCUCUCCCUCCCUCUUCAAUUAGUGUAUUGAUCACCGUGUAAUUCUAUUAUGUAUCUGAGUGUGUGUGUGUAUGGGGGGAAAGGGGUUCUUUACAAAUUUCUGUGGUUUGUGGCUUUUUCUUCCAUACGUUACUUUCCACCACCGCAUGCCUGGGGCCAUUGCCUGGCAUUGUCGCAUGCUGGGAUCAUUGGGGAAGUGUAGUGAAGCCCACCACUGUCCUUUGUUUUGGAGAUUCUUAUUUUUGCAUAAGUAGUCCAUCCUAUACAGAUUGCUGACUUAACUGUGUAUUCCCCUUGCCCCUAUGGCUGCUGGUGUAAAUAAACUGCAUCUCCCCAUUGGUAAACAAUAAUAAAGUUUUAAAAAAUGA